UGCAUAUUUAGUGCUUCAUCAUUGAUUUCCACCGCACUCUUCGAAUCACAUCAGGAUCUGCUCCGUACCCGAGCUCUGUUGCCCCUCGAUCGAUCCGGUUCGUUCUUCUUCUUCUUCGAUCCGUUCGUGUUUCUGCGCGUUUUCGGCUUCAACCUGGGAGAGGGGAGAUGGUGAAGGACAUGGCGUAUUACGACGUCCUCGGCGUGAGCGUGGAUGCUUCGGCGGCUGAUAUUAAGAAGGCUUAUUACCUCAAGGCUCGGCUGGUUCAUCCAGAUAAGAAUCCUGGAGAUCCAAAAGCAGCAGAGAAUUUCCAGAUGCUUGGGGAGGCCUAUCAAGUCCUGAGUGAUCCUGAGAAGCGUGAGGCAUAUGACAAGCAUGGAAAGGCAGGAGUUACUCAGGACGCUAUGGUGGACCCCUCAGCUGUGUUUGGGAUGCUUUUUGGGAGUGACCUAUUUGAAGAUUAUGUUGGGCAACUUGCAUUGGCUUCUUUAGCUGGGGUUGAAGUUGAAGAAGAUUCCCAGGAUCCGGAAGUCCGUGAGCAGAAAGUUCGGGAAAAAAUUAAGGUGCUGCAAAACGAAAGGGAAGAAAAACUUACAAAUAUUUUAAAGGAUCGCCUUCAGCCUUUCGUUGAAGGUCAAACAGAAGAGUUUGUGAAAUGGGCAAAUUCAGAAGCAAGACGCCUCUCUAAAGCAGCUUUUGGAGAAGCCAUGCUUCAUACUAUUGGUUAUGUUUACACGCGAAAAGCUGCAAGAGAACUUGGAAAGGAUAAACGAUAUAUGAAGGUCCCCUUUCUAGCAGAAUGGGUUCGAGAUAAGGGGCACCAAAUAAAAUCGCAAGUGAUGGCAGCUUCUGGUGCUGUGUCUUUGAUUCAAAUACAGGAUGAGCUGAAACAGUUGAAUGAAGAAGAAAACAAAGAAGAGAUUAUUCUAAAAACUCUUGAAGACAAGAAGGAUGCCAUGCUUAAUUCACUCUGGCAAAUUAAUGUGGUUGAUAUAGAGUCAACAUUAUCGCAUGUCUGCCAAGUAGUUCUUAAAGACCCUAAUACUUCCAGGGAUGUUCUCAAGCUUCGUGCUAAAGCUUUGAAGAAGCUCGGGACAAUCUUUCAAGGUGCUAAGUCUGCUUACAGUAGAGAGAACAGCCUGCGACAUGAGGGUGACAUCAAAGCAGACGAAGCUUCAAAAUCAUAAUGUUCUUUUUACCCAGCAUCUUUCUUGUAUGUAUUUAACUUCUCUCUUGUAGUGGACAAUCUUUAAGCCUUCUGGUCAUUGUAUUUUUUUCAAGCAUGGCCUUCUGACAUGAUUGGAAUUUAGCAUAAGUAGUGUGUUCAAAGCUAGUCUUUUCUAUUGAACAUAAUUGUAGCUUGGCAGUUAUUAUUACUUUUCAUGAAAAAGUGAUGGCAGCAUGUCUCUUGACUUCUAA